AUGUCCCAAUUUCUGCACGCCCUAACGCUCGUCUUCGUUUUCCUCGCAUCAACAAACAUCCAAAUAACAGCAACCACUCCACCAUCCUACUCCAGAAAUCACAAUAUGUUUGUGAAGACGGCAUGCAACUCGACAACAUACCCUGACAAAUGCUACAAGUCCUUAUCCUCCUACUCAUCCACCAUCAAAUCCGACCCGAUAAAGCUAUGCACCACGGCGCUUAAGCUCAACGUGAAUUCAGCAAAAGAGGCAGCUUCCGUCAUCUCUAAGCUUCUCAAAAAGUCUCAGAUAUCCGCAGCCGGACGAAAGAAUAAAAUGUCACCGGAGAAGCCACUUAUCCUUAGGGACUGCCUUGAGGAGAUGAAGGACACAGUUGUUGAGCUGAAGCAAGCGAUCACAGAGAUGAAGACUCUACGAGAUGGUGACUCUGUGUCUGAGCAUAUAACGAACGUUAGGACGUGGGUAAGCGCGGCAUUGACGGACGAAGGGACUUGUACGGACGGGUUCGAAGAGAUAAAAGUGAGUAAAGAAACUAAGAAGAAGGUAACGAAGGUUGUUGAGGAACUUGCAACGACGACUAGUAAUACUUUGGCGCUUAUUACUAAUCUAAGUUACUAG